AUGCUCGAUGACGCAUGGGGCGAUCUGGGCGGUGCCUGGCUUCAGGACAGCCCGUCAAGGUCCAGGCAGCUGCUGGGCUUGCAUGGGUGCCGGGACGAGACAACUUCAAGCAGUUCCGUGCCCAGCUUCUGCAGCAUUAGCAUGGCUGACGCAACGUCAGUGGAGGGUGACCCAGACACCGUCCCACAAGACCAGACGAAUCAUGAAAGGACACGACCAUUGGGGUUCAGGAGCCCCUCUGAGAGUCUGCCACAAAGAUUGGCAGCGUCUCCCAGCAGCGAGUUGCUUGACCCUUCAAGCUGCUCGCGUAGCCCGCGUGACAGAGCUCAGCAUCACCACUCCCGGGGAAGCGUUUCCCCAAGUGGUGUGUAUCCAAAGUUGCAGAGCGAUGACACGGAGCCUUUGCCGGCUCCGCAGGGCGCCGAUGCCAUCGGUGCCAUCGGUAUCGGUGUCACCCUUCCGACGCCCUGGGCUUCCAGUCUUCACCGGAGCGAGCCGCACGAGCAAAAGGCGCACGAGACGCGGGACGGUAAGGACACCACCAGGGUGGAUGCCGGCUUGAACGGUGCCGCGGCUGCCUUCAGCAAGGCAGUGCAGAGGCGCGAUGCGGGGGCGACGGCGCAGCUGGCAGUUCUUUGGCAAGCAGCCUCAGAGGUGUCCGAAGAGCCACAGGAUGAUUUCACAGCGAGGGCGGCCCGGCUGGUCCAGGAGCAGACGUCAUUUGUGCAACGCGUAGAGGAGGAGCUCCGACGUGUUGGCGAGGUUGUGCUCUGCGAACGCCACCUGCGUGAGGCGUUACAGCAGCAGGUGGAGCUGCAGGAGCAGGUGCGACGACGGGAGGCGACACAGCUCCGCGAGGCCCUGGAGCAGCUCAAGGCGCAGCUGGCUCAGGCCAUGGAGGCGACGGGCAGAAGUGUUGCCCUUCCCUUCACAAUCACGGGGUCAGUCCUUGGGGCCAAAGUGAGCUCCUGGCAGGCGAAGGGCCGAAAUGCAUACUCUCAUGGUGCGCAGAUGGGUGGGAGAGGGGGAGCAGCGCCGACGGUCAUCGGCUCGGAGUCAGCAUCCUUAAAAUUGCAGAAUAUCGACGAGCCGUCGGCGCACAUGAACCAAGUCCUCGCCAAGCACAACCCGAACUACAAAGCGCUGUAUGUGUCGUGGAAUGACAAUCAGCGUCAGCAAGGCUCAUGUUUCGGCAGCAAUAUCACGGAUGCGCGCCUCAAGGGGAAGGACGGAGAAGACUUCUUGGUCGUGCGGCCAAACAACUUCGACGAGCGCAUUGGGAGAGUGAAGGCCGCUGAUGUGGCAGUCCUGGUCGGAAGCGGUGCAAGCCUCCAGCCAGUUACCUUGGAGCAAUACUUGCGUGACUUCCAUUCUCAUGCCGCCUACGCUGGCGCUGUUCCGCUCGGCACCUCGCUUUUGUCCGAGACUCGCGAUCGCAGUGUCGGGAUCCGUUUCCAGGCAGUGUUUCUUCCAACCGUCGCCCAGUCUUCAAUCUUCGGACCCACCAAGCCCGGGGUUAAAGAGUUCUAUCCUGACACAUACAACUACCAAACAAGAAGCUGGGAGGAUCCACGGAACCUUGUGCUUCUCUGCACUUCACAGGGCACUUUCGUGCAGCAGGAUGGGCCAGGGAGCGUGCCACAGUUCUUGCACAGCAACGAGGGCGGGGCAUGGCGCAAGAAGUACCUCGAGGCCAUGACUACGCGGCACGGGGUUACCAUGGGCCAAACAGAGACUGCGGAGGAGAGGGCAGAGGCACUUCGCCAGGGCAAGGCGGCUUCCACUGUCAUUGGCACGCGCGCCAUGGGUACGGGCUUCAAUCGGCUCAUGACGAUUCAGAUCCCGAUGAAGCAGCAAAGGCAGCCUUUCGGGGCCGCUGGCCCGAUGAUCCCAUGGGGCCUCUCACCUCCUCCAAUGGGAGGCGGUCUCUUCGGAGGCCCACCCGCCGGAGCUGGAGCUGUGGGAAUGGGCGCUUGCUUUGGAGGCCCUUCUUCAGCUCCAUUCGGAGGUGCAAGCACAUCCAGCAACCAGUGCAUGUCAUUCGGAAGCUCGUGCCAGCCUGGAUCCAUCGGGCUUUCAUCCCUGGCUUCCCAGAAUUCCGCGCAUGCAGCGCACGCCGCUCGGGUGUCCACGGGCUCAGAUGCGGGACCCAUGGACCGGCUACGCAUGGAGCGCUUUGAGAGAGACUCAGAUUGUUCCGUGACCAUCACGGUGCAGUUCUAUUUCGUCGUUGAGAAAGGCCAUGCCAUUGACGAGGCUGACAUCAGGCGCGCGGUGGAUAUCUGUGAGGAAGCUUACAAAGGCUGUUCAUGGGAUGGCAACCUAAUGGAUGCAGGUUUCCAGUCAGCAUUCGCCAAGAAGGACAUGACCCCAAGCGACAAGCUGCAACUCCUGAGCGGACUUUCGCCACCGUCUGUGCUGGAAUUUCCAGGCAGCGGCUCUCUUGUGCCAAAAGUGCCCCAGCCGGCCUGGCCGCAGCCGCUGGUGCCCCCAUUGUCACCGUUCCCUUCUUCGCUCUCGAAGUUUUUUGAGCCGCUGGCUGGGUUAGAUGGAGAUCUCAGGGCUCUCGUCUGCAAGGUGCCGCUGACACAGGAAGGAUAUGGCUGGCUGCACGGCACCGCCUUGAGCUUGUUGGAGAAGCGGCAGCACUUGGAUACCGCGUUCCACAUCUUCCGGCUUGCAAACGACCUGCAUGUGCAGAUCAAUGGGCAGCCCGAUGGCCUGUCCCUCUACAACAUGGCCUGCUGCCAGGCUGUGGCUGUCUCCAUCCAGAUCCUGCAGUACCGGACCGCCUUUCCAGGAGCUCUGGGCCUGGCUAGUUGCUCGCAGGUCCCGGAGAUGGCAGGCGGAGUGGUUGCUCCGAACUUGCCUCCCAAGCACACGUUUGGAACUUCCGUGUCGGCACUGUGUGAUGCCCGCUUGGAUGCUGCUGUGGGAUCGCUCUCGAGUGCCAUCGGGGCCGGGUAUCGGCAGCACUCACAUAUGGCUACCGACCCCGAUCUGGAGUCUUUAAAAGAAAUCAAGAAGUCUCGCUUUGAUUCCUUGAUACGGCUUGCUCAGAGCAUGGCAUAA